AUGGUUCAAGCUGUAACUACUCAAGCCCAAGCCACUAGGGGUGUUGAGCCUCAUGUGAACCCUAUUGUGAGCACUAUGGCUUCUAGGUUGAGGGACUUUGUGAGGAUGAAUCCUCUGGUGUUUUUAGGUUCUAAGGUGGAAGAGGAGCCCCAAGAAUUUUUGGAUGAGGUGUAUAAGGUAGUUAAUGCUAUGGGGGUGACUUCUAUAGAAAAAGUGGAACUUGCCGCUUAUCAAUUGAAGGAUGUUGGCAAAGUUUGGUUCACCCAACGGAAGAGUAAUAGGCUGGUAGAAGCGAGGACUUUAGAUUGGGAAGUGUUCAAGCAAUCAUUCCUUGAUAUGUUCUUUCCCUGUGAAAAGAGGGAAGCUAAGGUGGAGGAGUUUAUCAAUCUUAGGCAAGGUAACAUGAAUGUUCAAGAGCUCAUGGUAUAUGCUCAAUCGAUUGAGGAGUCUAAACUUAAGAGGAAAAAUAGGGAGAUGAAGAGAGUUAGAUCCGAUGAGCAAGGUCAACCAAGGUUCAAAAAGAGGGCUCCUAACCAAGAUUCUUCAAGCACUCCUAGGGUUAACCAAGAGAAAGGUGAUGGGUCGCCAUUUCCUAAACCUACUUGCACCAAUCGUGGAAAGAAACACUUGGGAAUUGCCUAG